AUGGCAGGUUAUUCAGGCACUCAAACAACCAGCUCAUCACGUCCCUAUAACGCAGCCGCACAAGAUCACUGUCUCGGAUACCUCGCCAAGGACAAGAAAAUUACGCCCAACGACAUUAAAAUCAAGAUUGAAGCACUUCAACCAAAUAUCAAGUCAAUGCAUGGUGGCAAAAUGGCCAAAUUAUUAUUCAGUUCAACGGAAGACGUGAAUCGUGAAGGGCUUGCCAAUUUAGCGUCAUCGUUGGCAAAAAACGAUUGGAAUUGGAAUACGUCGGUGGGGGAUGGUGAUAUCGCUACUGAGGCUUUAUCUUUCUUUCAACCAGCUGGAGGACCCAUAACAAAAACCGAAUUGAAACGUCUUGCUGCCUUCUUUUCUCCUUAUGGCGUGCCAUGGAAGGAAGAUGUGUCCACGCUUCUGAAACUAUUCGACAAGGACGGUGAUGGUGUAAUAGGAAUCGAUGACUUUAAAUCCAUGUUGUCCCAGAGAAAGUAA